CUGACGCCAAUUUUGACACUUGCUCUACUCAUGAUUCCUCUUUUUCGUAUUUUGUGUGAAUUGCAAUUCAAAAGAAAUCUCCAAUCUCCAUAUUCAGAUAUUAAUCAAUAAAGUUUAAUUUAAAUAAAAUGGUUGCGAGAGUGGCUGGUGUUUUUGAUGAGAAAUUGACGGAGGCCAUCGCUAAUUCUAAAAUAUUGGUUGUAGGCGCCGGCGGUAUAGGUUGUGAAAUUCUUAAAAAUCUCGUACUUACCGGCUUUCCACAAAUCGAAAUAAUUGAUCUCGAUACCAUAGAUGUUAGUAACUUAAAUCGUCAAUUUUUAUUCCACAAAGAGCAUGUCGGCAAAUCUAAGGCCCAGGUGGCAAAGGACUCUGCUCUGAGCUUCAACCCUAAUGUCAAUAUUAUUGCCCAUCAUGACAGUGUUAUCAGUAAUGAAUAUGGUGUGAGCUACUUCAAGCAAUUCAAUAUUGUCAUGAAUGCUCUGGACAACCGUGUAGCAAGAAAUCAUGUUAAUAGAAUGUGUCUGGCUGCCAAUGUGCCCUUAAUUGAAACAGGCACUGCUGGAUAUGCUGGUCAGGUGGAGCUUAUCAAGAAAGGUCUCACCCAAUGCUAUGAAUGCCAACCUAAAGCCCCACAAAAGACAUUCCCUGGAUGCACCAUUCGCAACACUCCAUCAGAGCCGAUUCACUGUAUAGUGUGGGCUAAACACCUCUUCAACCAAUUGUUUGGUGAAGAGGACCCUGAUCAGGAUGUCAGCCCUGACACAGCUGACCCUGAAGCCGCUGGCGAAGCUGGUACAUCAGCAUUAUCUUCAGAAAGUAAUACUGCAGGCAACGUGGAAAGAAAAAGCACUAGAUCCUGGGCUGCAGAAACAAAUUACAAUCCAGAAAAACUGUUCAGCAAGCUGUUUGGUGAUGAUAUCCAUUAUUUGCUCUCUAUGGAGAAUCUGUGGAAGAAACGAAGACCACCUACACCUUUGAAUUGGAAUGUAUUGCCAGGGAAAGACGAUGCUCCUAUGCAGCAUUCUGGAUUACCAGAUCAACGUGUAUGGUCUAUCCAUGAAUGUGCACAGGUAUUCGCAGCAAGCUGUGACGCACUAAAAGCAGAUUUGAAGGGCCGCCCUGAAGGUGAUCACCUUGUAUGGGACAAGGAUGAGAAGAGUGCAAUGGAUUUCGUGACAGCAUGCGCUAAUAUACGCGCGCAUAUAUUCAAUAUACCGUUAAAGUCGCGGUUUGAAAUAAAAUCAAUGGCCGGGAACAUAAUUCCAGCAAUAGCAACUGCAAACGCUAUCGUAGCUGGCCUGGCCGUGCUGCGCGCGCAGUCGAUCCUCAAAGAAGAAAUUGAAUCAUGCUCUAGCGUCUAUUUGAGGCCCAAAGUCAACCAUCGCGGGCAGUUGUUUGUUCCCGAGAAAACGCUUACUCCACCAAAUCCAAAAUGCUAUGUCUGUGCUCCAAAACCAGAAGUUGGACUCGCGUGUAACAUAAAACAACUCACCCUCAAAGAUCUGACGGCAGCAUUUAAAGAAGGACUCAACAUGCAGGCUCCUGAUGCUACAGUUGAAGGUAAAGGUCUUGUAGUCCUAUCAUCAGAACCUGGUGAAACUGACCAUAACAAUGACAAAACAUUGGAGGAAAUAGGACUUAAUGAUGGGUGUGCAUUACUUGUUGAUGAUUUCUUGCAAAAUUACGAAGUGAGAGUCAGAUUACAACAGGAAGAUGAUGAAAAAUCGUGGCGCUUAGUCACCGAUGCGGAUGCACCGAAACUAGCACCCAAGGAAGACGAGAAACCCACCAAUGGUUCGAAUGGAUCUAACGAACCUAAACCAGGCCCUUCACGAUCUAGGCAAGACAGUGACAGUGAUAUGGAAAUCAUUGAAGAGGAUGAAGAUGAAGCCACUAUAAAGCCACCCAAGCGUAGGCGCACGGAAAUCAGCGACGAGGUUGUGGAACUUUGCUAAAAUUAAUAUUCUGUGCCUUGUCUUUACUUUUACAUUGCAGGCUAUAUAGUAGUGAUGUUGAAAUAUUGAUAGAGUAUAAUGUGAAAGAAUUUACGUGAUGUAAUCUGGCACAUAUAUAUAUACAAAAAUUCUUGGAUGCUCUUGCAUGAGAUAAGUAAUGAAGGAAAUUAUACUGUAAUAGGGCUUGGAGACUUAUCUGAUAUAUUCUGACCUGCAUAGAAUCAAUUUUACAUAUAAAAGUGUCUUCUGUACAUGUUAUUUGGUACUAAAAAUUUUCAACUGUAUUUGCUGGUAUUAAUUUUUUGUAUAUGAUGUCAGUCGCCAGCUACGUCGCAUUUUUUUUUUAUGGAUGAAAUUUACUCAUAUUUUUAGACAUCUUAUGAAUAAUAACAUUUUAGAAGACUUUACUCUACCUAGAAACUUUAAUUGGGAUACUGUUCAUACUUAGUACAUGGCAGCCCUAAAUUACUAAUUAUAUUGUAUUUUUAAGUUGGUAUGCUAUCAAUAGUUCCAUUGUAUAAUGUUAGAUAAUCUGUAGCCAAUAACUUAUCAAUGGACAUCACUAUAAAAAGUUAUAACAUUCUAAUUUUGAAAAAUAUAACCUUUUUUUAAAUAUUUCUCAAACUUAGUCCUAACACUGAUUGUAUUUAUCAGUGACUUCAACUGCAAUGUCAGUUUAACAAUAUCAAUAUUAUUGAUAAUGUAGAAUAUCUGCAAAGUAAAUUAAUUAAGUGACACCCAAGUAUAUUUUGUAGUAUUCUUCAUUAGUGUGGAUGAGUAAUAAUUAUAAGAACAAGAUUAUUAUACAUUCUAAGUUUUAAGAACUGAGUAUCAGAUUUUGCAAAUACUUGUUUAGUAAAUAAAUAAAUUAAAGCAGGUUUACAUUAGGACAAUUACUGGUUUCAAUCUCGAGACAAGUCAAUAUUGACAUUGCUAUAUGUAAUAUAAUAUUGUGAAGUCAUUGUAUCACUGGCAUUUGUAAUUGGCUCAAUGUAAAUCUGAAUUAAUAUAAUUUA